GUUUCCCAUUGGAGGAGGGCAUGGACGUGUCCUGUGAGGUCAUCCCCAUGGAUGUGGGAGAAGCUGCGGGAUGACGCCACCCUCUCGCUCCGCCCUGCUGCAAACUCGACGCUCGCGUUCAUUUCAUUCCUGCUCUCAUUCCGAGCAUUCUUCGCAUCUCUAUCGGUGCGGCGGAGAUUCCCGUUCACAUUCCGGCCGGCCCCAAAACACAAGAAUAACUUUACACAGUUUGCAAAAAAACUAUACAAACCCACACUAGAACAAAACAAAGGGGCCGAACUUAAAUUUUGAUAUAAAUAAAGCGGACGUUAAGUUGGCUACGCUGCACAUUUCGGAGCGCCGCACAAAUAUAGCGCGGAGAGACUUGUUGCUCGCGUAUCUUUGGCGUUUAUUCACCAGCUUCUGGUCGGAUCUUAACCGAUUCACCCUAGUCUGCUCCAGGCUUCGGCUUGGAGGUCUCAACCGCCACCAUUGAUCCCAGCAGCUGGAGCGGCAGCGAAAGCUCUGCCGAAGACAUCGAGAGGAUGAGCGACUCGGCAGACAAGCCCAUCGACAAUGAUGCUGAGGGGGUGUGGAGCCCUGACAUAGAGCAGAGCUUCCAGGAGGCGCUGGCCAUCUACCCGCCCUGUGGACGCCGCAAAAUUAUCCUCUCAGAUGAAGGAAAGAUGUAUGGUCGAAACGAGCUGAUUGCCCGAUACAUUAAACUCAGAACCGGGAAGACAAGGACACGGAAGCAGGUGUCUAGUCACAUACAGGUCUUAGCAAGAAAGAAAGUUCGAGAAAUCCAAGCUGCCAUCAAGGUGUCUAGUCACAUUCAGGUUCUUGCCAGAAGGAAAUCUCGUGAAUUACAUUCCAAGCUAAAGGUGACAAGCAUGGAUCAGAGCGUGAAGGACAAAGCUCUUCAGACUAUGGCCUCCAUGUCCUCUGCCCAGAUCGUUUCUGCCACCGCCAUCCACAACAAGCUGGGACUUCCAGGCAUCCCGCGUCCUGCCUUCCCAGGAGCCGCAGGGUUUUGGCAGGGCAUGAUACCGACAGGCCAGCCUGGAUCCUCCCAAGACAUCAAGCCAUUUGCUCAGCAAGCGUACCCCAUCCAGCCAGCAGUCACAACUACAAUCUCAAGUUAUGAGCCUCCGACAGCGCCGGCGCCCACAGUUCCUGCCUGGCAAGGCCGAUCCAUUGGCACAUCUAAACUCAGACUGGUGGAGUUCUCUGCUUUUCUUGAGCACCAGAGAGAUCCUGAUUCUUAUAACAAGCAUCUUUUUGUGCACAUCGGUCAGACAAAUCAUUCUUACAAUGAUGCCCUGCUGGAGUCUGUGGACAUUCGUCAGAUUUACGACAAAUUCCCUGAGAAAAAAGGAGGGCUGAAGGAAUUGUUCGGCAAGGGUCCUCAGAAUUCAUUCUUUCUCAUAAAGUUCUGGGCCGACUUGAACUGCAACAUUCAGGAUGAGACCGGAGCUUUCUAUGGAGUGACCAGUCAGUAUGAGAGCCCGGAGAACAUGACCAUCACCUGCUCCACAAAAGUGUGCUCGUUCGGCAAACAGGUGGUGGAGAAAGUGGAGACGGAGUACGCUCGCUUCGAGAAUGGCCGUUUUGUGUACCGAAUAAGUCGGUCUCCCAUGUGUGAAUACAUGAUCAACUUCAUCCACAAACUCAAACACCUGCCAGAGAAGUACAUGAUGAACAGCGUCCUGGAGAACUUCACCAUCUUAUUGGUGGUAACAAACAGAGACACACAGGAGACCCUGCUGUGCAUGGCCUGUGUGUUCGAAGUGUCAAACAGCGAACACGGAGCCCAGCAUCACAUCUACAGACUAGUGAAGGAAUGAAGCAGCUCUUUCACACAGACUCUGGACCUCAGUACAGUGGCAGUGCCUCUAGCUCAACACUCACUCAAGAUGAUUUUACGUCACGUUUGGGUGAUGCUUCUAAUUAUAUAUAUAUAUAUAUAUAUAAAUAUAUAUUUUUUCUUUAUUAAUAUGUGUUUGACGUUUAACUGCAGCUGUGAAUCGCGGUACAGUUGUGUUUUGUUUUUAACGUGCGGGAAAGAAUGUCUAAGAAUGCAGAAUCAACGUUCAUUUGUAGACCUAUAAAGCGACAGCAUCAUUCGACUUAAGGGCUGGGUUGAGUUUCACUGAAUCAAUCAAACGCCAUCAUUUCAGUUUUUUUUAUUCUGAAAGGUACACAGAUGCAUACAAGUGCAGCCUUAAAUGUGUGUGUGUGUCAGUGAGAUGUUGAUGUACAGUGGGAACGGAAAGUAUUCAGACCCCCUUACAAUUGUCACUCUUAAUUAUAUUGCAUCCAUUUGCUAAAAUCAUUUAAGUUCAUUUUUUUCCUCUAUAAUUUGCACACAGCAGCCCAUAUUGACAGAAAAAAACACAGAAUAAUUGACUCUUAAAGAUUUAUUAAAAAAGAAAACUGAAAUAUCACAUGGUCCUACGUGUUCAGAUCUUUCGCUCAGUAUUUAGUAGAAGCACCCUUUUGAUUUAAUGCAGCCAUGAGUCUUUUUGGGAAAGAUGCAACAAGUUUUGCACAUAUGGAUUUGGGGAUCCUCUGCCAUUCCUCCUUGCAGAUCUUCUUCGGUUCUGUCAGGCUGGAUGGCAAAUAUUGGUGGACAGCUGUUACGUAGCGAAUUGCACCACGCUACGCACUUAAGGAUAAGGAUGACCGUCUAUUAAAAGAGGUCACCCGGAGUCCCAGUUUCUGCUCCCCAAGCAAAUACCCGUCAACCCUCUUGUUUUUCCCGGGAUUCUCCCGUAUUUUACAGUUCUAUCCCGCUAUCAUCCAGUAAAGGUAUUUUCCCAUAUUUCUCCAGUAUUUUCAGUCUUUCAAUGAAACGGUGGCAAGAAACAUUUAAGAGCCGAGCCUCCCUAUACGCAACCCAUACCACCGAACCACCAGGGGCCGCCACUUGCUCUUCAAUGUGAGUCUGUUCAGUGCUUUUGCUUCGUUUAGGCACAAAAACACUGAGAAAUAAAAAAAAAAGGUGCGAUUCCCUUUCUUUUUAUUACAGGAGCCGUCACCCCUCCUAUACAAUCCUCAAAACAGUCAUAUAAUGGUGCAUGACUGUCAGCUGACAGGCUCUAUAGUGAUGAAUAGACGCUGAAUCCCAAACAGAUUCUGUACACGCAAUUUGAAGCGGAGCGACAGUCUGGCUUUUGGGUGCAUGUAUGACCAGACAUAUACACAUAAUUAAUAAUGAUAAUUAUAAUAAUAUCAAAACAUGUCGAUCUUGGUGUUUUUUUUGUUUGUUUUUUUUAAACACAACUAAUUUUAUCUUAAAUGAGCGUAAAAAGUUAGGAAAGCAGUCGAAUGCCUUCAUUCUCUUAUUAUGGUGGGUAUAUCCCUUAUUUUCACAUGCCAAUGUUGACAGGUAUGCAAGCACGCACACACAGGCCAAGUUGUCAAAAAAGGGUAACAGAUUUAUUAAGCAAAUAUUUCCAGUAUCAAAACAAGGGAACAAAAGGCCAAAACAACAAA